AUGGAUUAUGCACACCUGCAUGGGAAGCACAAGAGUGUUCCAAAUAGGGAGGAAAGGAAAGGGGGUGGAAAAAAAAUAACCAGCAAUGGUCGCAUGGUUAGUGACAUAAAGCAGAGCGCGCACGUGGGGGAUACGUCCAACCACAAUCUGAGUGACAAAAAGGAUGGAAAAAGUGUUGAGGCGAACCAUGUGGACAGGGGGGAGCAGCAACAUAAGGGGACACCCCAGAGGGGGAGGAGAAACCAUUAUAGUGAUUGGAAAUUUGGGAGGGAACAACCAAAUGCAAAUUAUUACGAUAGGUUCGAUUACGUGAAAAGGGAAAGAAUGGUGGACCAUUAUAAAAAGUUAGACGCUGUUUACUCCAGCAAUAGUGGAAGGAGCAAUCGCGACUACCAUCAAAGGGGCAGCUACCGAAACGAACCCACCGGUAGGGGAACAACGGAUCGGUGGCAUCGUUACUACCCCAAAGAGAGAACCAACAAGGCGGCAGAAGGGAGCACAAGAGACCAAAAUGGAACUAUAUAUAACAGCAGUCAUUCGGUUCGCUCACCUUUGAAUAAUCCUCCACACGGUGGCAACACGGACAUGAAUUACCCCAAUAACAUCGUCAAGAGAAGGGGAAACAGCAAAACUACCUUUAGUCACACUGGUGAACAUGAAAAGGGAAGGCAAAAAGAAGUGCGCGGGGUUCAGGUGGACCAAUCGGUGAACUCAUUCCAACAGAAUUUUGCACACACAAAUGAAGUCCAAGUACAUCCCGGUGAGGGAAAAGCACACUCCCAAGUUAAUCGGAACGAGAAAUCAGAAGAACACUUCACGUAUAGCCUUCACGAAAGCAAUGAGAGAAGUACCCCCCCGCUGCAAAAUAGUUAUUUAAAUGAAUCAAGCCAAGUCAACAUGGUUGCAAAUGCUUGUAGAAAGGCUGUGCUUGAAAAAGAAACUGAAAGAGGCCAAAGUGGGCCGUAUUAUAUUCAUCAUGGGGUGAAAAAUAAUGACGUGGUGGAAGUCCCAAGGGAAGAAGAACCCAAUUGGAAAAGCACAAAUAACGAUUUGGAGAAAAAGGACAGCAUGAAUGAGAGCCCCAGUGCAGGUACCAACCAGAAGGAUACCCCACCGAUGGGAGGCAGCCAAAAUGCGAAUGACAAUCUGAGGAAGUUGAAGAGGGAAGAAGAAAAAAAAAAAGUAAUGAAUUGGAAGCUGGAAGAACAAACGCUGCUUGAGGAAGGGUUGAGGGUUUAUAAGGAUUUAAAAAAUUGCCCAGAAAAAUGGGAAAAGGUUAGCGAAAUUGUGAAGACGAAGGGUCCAGAGGACUGCUUGAAGCGGUUCCUCUACUGCAGGUUCAUCGUUUUGAAGGAGAAGCAAAAGAUGGAGAAGGAGAAGGAGCUGCAGGAACGGGAGCGACAAGAGAGGGAACAGCAGAGCCAACUCCAAACGAACCAAACAAACCAAACGAACCAAACGAACCAACCGAAUGAGGAAGGCAGUGAGCAGGCGAAUGACGAGGACCUGGAGCAGGACAUUGACAGCGACGACAUGAACAUAAACAACAAUGCGAACAUAACGGGGAAGAGUCUUGUGCUUAGCAACGCCCACAUCAAAAAUAUAUCUCUGUACAAGGCCGUCCAGUUGAAGCUGCAGCUGCUUUGCACCCGGUGCUGCAACACUUUUGAUGUCACCACGACGAGCAAAGACGCACCCCAGUUAGUUUGCACCUGCGUGAACUGCAGCAGCAAUGCGGUUGUGGAGGUGUACAGAAAUAUUUGUUUCAUGGAGAACAGCUGCGUGUGCAUUUUGAAGUUUAACCAGUGCUCGCUGAUGGACUUGUUAAGCGGGGAUUACAGCGUGAAUUGCGAAAGCUGCGGGAGGAAGAGCAUCCUGAAGAAUGUCACUUCUGGCAAAGAAAUGCACGCCAACUGCCAGAAGUGCUUCACCAAGUUGGAGUUCAAAUACAGCGGCUUUUCCUUUGAUGAGAUAGUCAGCGCAAACAAUGCCGCGAUAAAAAAAAUCGACGAUAUGAUAAACAAACUAUUCACGAAAAAAAAGUCCAACAAGAAGGCCGUGGCUGCACCGAACAAUUUGAAGAUAGAAAAAUGCAAAAACGUUAUAAAAGUAAAUAAUAUAGAAGUGAAGGAUGGUGCAUGCAAGCAUUUUAAAAAGUCCCAUCGCCUCUUCAAAUUCCCCUGUUGUAACAAGAUAUUUCCGUGCCCCACUUGUCACGAUUUAAAUAGCAACCACGAAUGUGGCAUUGCCAAGCGGGUGAUUUGCGGAUUUUGUUUCCGUGAAUUUGAUGACGACGACGUGUGUGUAUGUCAGCGGGACAAGAAGACGAAGAAAGGCGGGAACUUCUGGGAGGGAGGAAAAGGAUGCCGCAACGCAGUGGCGCUAAGCAAAAAUGACUCCAAAAAGUACAAGUUGUUGAACCGGCAAACUGUGCAGAAGAAAAAGAAGAAGUAG